AUGUCUUCGCGAUUCGGCCUCCGAUUCUUCCAAAGCUCGAAAGCAGCUUUUCACAAUGCUUCAUCUCCUCUUCGCAGACACAUUCUCCGGAAUCGGCGGUUUCAGAGUACAGAGGCUACCGCAGAAAAACAGAGUUUCCUGCAGCGAUCAUGGAAUAGUCCGGUUGGCAUGAAGACGGUGCACUUUUGGGCUCCUGUAAUGAAGUGGGUUCUUGUUAUUGCAGGCCUGGGUGAUAUGGCGCGGCCCGCCGAUAAGCUCUCCUUGACGCAAAAUCUUGCUCUUAUGUGCACAGGCGCUAUUUGGACUCGAUGGUGUCUGAUAAUCAAGCCGAAGAAUGUUUUACUGGCAACCGUGAACUUUUUCGUCGGAUGCUUGGGAUUAACGCAGGUCACCCGCAUCUUCCUACAUAGACGAAGUGUUGAUGGGUCUUCGACCGGCGCCUUAAAAGACUUGAGCCAUGAAGCAACAGACUCGGCAAAAACCAUGGCCCAUAAGGCUGAGGAUAUGGUGAAAAAACACUAG